AUGGCAGAAAUAGAAGAGAAAAAAGUGAAAGGAGGAGAGUUUAAUACUAGUUCAACUGAUCUUGAUAACGUUCCUAGUGAGAAAGAUUGGUUGAUAAAUGGAGUUGGUCUGAAUCAAUACAAUGGUUUUUGGUGCUCUCCAAGGUUCUUCACUCGAAUGUUAUCUUUCCAUCAUCACUACAAAGCCGAGUCAAGUGAUAUCUGGUUAGUAAAACUCCCUAAAUGUGGCACCACCUGGUUCAAGGCCCUUGUCUUUUCCAUCGUGAACCGCCACCGUUUCUCAUUGUCCGAAAGCCCUUUGCUCAAAGCCAACCCUCAUGCCCUAGUAAGGUGCUAUGAGACCGACCUUAACUUGCACGACCCAAUAUCCUACCUCGAAGGCCUCACUCAUCCCCGCAUCAUGUCGACCCACGUUCCCUAUUCUGGUUUACCUCCAUCCGUAAGAAGCUCUAGCUGCAAGAUUGUCAGCAUUUUCCGGGACCCAAGGGAUCAGUUUGUUUCCUAUUGGCAUUUCAUGGAUAAGUUCUGGCCAAACUCAACCCUUCGCCCAUUCGAGGAAUGCUUUGACUUGUUCUGCCGUGGAGUCCAUGAGUAUGGUCCUUUUUGGGACCAUAUCCUUGGUUCUUUCAAUGCAAGCGCUGAGAACCCCGACAAGAUCUUGCUCAUGAGGUACGAGGAAAUGAAAAUGUCGCCGGUUCUUCAGACCAAGAAGUUGGCAAGUUUCUUAGGUUACCCAUUCUCGGAAGAAGAAGAGAAAGAAGGAGUGUUGGAUGGGAUAGUGAAGCUAUGUAGCUUUGAUAACUUGAAGGAUCUAGAAGUGAACAAAGAAGGGCGGCGUCCACUUGGGGUUCCCCACAAGGCGUUCUUUAGGAAAGGAGAGGUGGGAGAUUGGACCAAUUAUCUGACUCCUUCCAUGGCUGAUCGCAUUCAAAAUCUCAUGAAUGAAAAGUUUUCUAACUCCGGUUUGACAUUUGAUCAACUUAACCGGAAUGGGGAUGAAGCUUCUUAA